GCGCCAGGGAGGCUCGCGGUCCUGGAGCGGAGCCCGUGCUGCUCCAGGCCGCGGUAACGACCGUCCAGUAAUCAGGAGACGCGGGUCCUGAGCGCAGGAAGAGGGUCCAAAACCUUCCGAGCAGGAAACGUGUUCAGAGUCUGAAUGUUCGGGUCUGAAUCUCUUCUUGGACCCUGGGGACUGCUGACCUGGACUACAUGUAACUCCAUCUUAGUCUAAACUCUGACCAGCUGUGUCACAUCCCCAGCCCUGUCACAUUUGGCUGUGUCUUCUAGUAUAUCAUAGGCAGGUUCUCAGCUGUCUGACCUUGAGCAAAUCUUUCUCGGAGCCCCCGAAGCCACUUUAAACGGUCAUUGCCUGUUGCAAGGGGUGUUGGUGAGGAUCACAGAAAUUCGUGACAGUGCUGUGCCCAGAUCAAAGAAAAUUACAAAAGAAAUGGAUGACUUUUUACAAAAAUUGAGGCAGAAGACCAAAAUUGGAGUGGUAGGUGGCUCGGACUUUGAGAAAGUACAAGAGCAACUGGGAAAUGAUGUGGUUGAGAAAUACGAUUAUGUGUUUCCAGAGAAUGGCUUGGUAGCGUACAAAGAUGGGAAGCUUUUGUGUAAACAGAGUAUUCAAGAUCAUCUGGGGGAGGUUGUGAUCCAAGACCUGAUCAACUACUGUCUGAGCUACAUUGCAAAAAUUAAACUCCCUAAGAAAAGGGGAACUUUUAUCGAAUUCCGAAAUGGCAUGUUGAACGUGUCCCCUAUUGGAAGGAGCUGCAGCCAAGAAGAACGAAUUGAGUUCUACGAACUCGAUAAAAAAGAACAUAUACGACAAAAAUUUGUAGCAGACCUGAGGAAGGAAUUUGCAGGAAAAGGCCUCACAUUCUCCAUAGGUGGCCAGAUCAGCUUUGAUGUCUUUCCUGAUGGAUGGGACAAGAGGUAUUGCCUGAGGCACUUAGAACAUGAUGGUUACAGGACCAUUCAUUUCUUUGGAGACAAGACUAUGCCAGGUGGCAAUGACCAUGAGAUCUUCACAGACCCCAGAACUGUGGGCUACACAGUGACAGCACCUGAGGACACACGCAGGAUCUGUGAGAAGCUCUUCCCUUAACACCAAAGAAAUGUGAUCCUGGCCAACAAGACUGAAAGGUCACUCAGGGCCAGGGGUCACUUAGGGCCAGAGCUGGAGUCCCUCCUCACAUGCACAUGGGCCUCAGCCCCAGCCUCCAACCUGCAGCCAGGCUGUUCUCAUGGGUCCAAUGACACAGGGGCUAGAGGUUAGCUCAUUGGGCAUUUCAAUAGGCCACACCUCUUACCUCCAUCUAGUACCAGCAGCCCCAAGGGAAAGAACUUAAAAAAUGGCUAUGGUUGGGUGUGGUGGCUCAUGCCUGUAAUCUGUGUUUAGGAAGCUCGGGCAGGAGCAUUGCCAUAAGCUGGAAGCCAGCCUGAGGUACAAAAUGAGACCCUGUCUCAAACAAACAAACAAGACUGUUGGCUCUGGGUUUGGGGGGAAUAGCCCAUAGAACACAUGGAUGAAGCCCUGGCAUGGAGCCCAGCCUACGAUUUAGGUCUUAUAGCCCCUUCUCCCAGCCUAUGGUCUAGGAGCUGGCUGACAGGAUACAUGGCUGGUCUCUGAAAUUUCCCCAUCAUACGAUGAUACAGGAAAAAAACAAAGACCGUAUCUGGGACCCUUAUCCUUUGUGAAGCUGUGGGUUUGGGGUAUUCUGGUGGUGGUGGUGGUGGUGGUGGUAGUGGUUUUGGGAAGGUUCUGUUUUGAAAUAUGGUCUCAGUAUGUAGCCCUGGCCACCCCAGAAACUGCUAUGUAGACCGGGGGACCUUAAGCCUGGGGUCUUCCUGCUUCUGCUUUUCGAAUACAGUUCCAUGUACCAGCACACUGUCUGAGGUUUUAUGAAAACCUGCAGCUGUCAGUGUGUAGGUCUAUACUUUACCACCAAACAGGGAUCUGAGGACGAAGACUGUCACCAGUAGGAAGGAAGGAGAGGGGACCCAGCAAAGCAAAGCCUUGUCUGUAGUCCUCCAUAACCCCACACUGGCCAAUCCAGGUAACAGACCCAGUUCCUGAGACAUCAGUGACAGCCUCAUGGCCACAGCAACAGCUCUCUCUCCUUGGCAAGUGCACAGACCUCCAGAACCUCAAGGAGAGCCUUCCAAGAACUUUUUCCAGGCAGCUUCCUGUGCCUAGUAAACAACGGUUCUGCAGCCCAGCUCCUGUCGGGAGCCCCUUCUACCCUUCCCUGCCUCCAGCCACCAUGUGUUCCCACUACCCUGCUCUUGGCUGCCUACACUGACACCUGCCACUGACCCCUUCACCUCUGUCCACCCCCAAAGAGAAUGUCACGACCUCUACUCUGUGGCUUCCUUGGAUUUUAUGGCAGUGCUAUGAAACAUUAAAGGGACUGCAUCCUUGCUCA